AAGACGUCUUAGCCCCAGAGCCAGACAGAACCGUACGAACUUCCAUCGCGGCCGCUACCGUGGGUCCGCCAUCUUUUUAACCUAGACGCACAAAUCACUCUUUGCUUUGCUCUUUCGAUCCUGCCGAUCUGCCGAUCAAUCGCACGGGUAAACAAGAUUUCAUCGAAUCGACUCGACCGGGUCACAUCAAUUCGCUCUCAAGUCCCACGGGUUUGACAUCCCUGAGCGUCAAGAGUUCAUCAAGUUGAGAAGAGCCGAGAAAGAAGCGAAAAUGGUUUACGAAAGCGACUUCUACACGACCCGACGACCCUACUCGCGGCCGCUUGUGUCUUCCUACACCGUGACGAGCCCCACAUUCAUACCACUCUCCUCGUACGUUCAGGUGAGGACGUUACCUCAUCUACCUUACGUGGCACACAAGAGGCUUGUCACCAUUGUCCACUCGCCAAUCCACAGCAUCUACCACACUGGUACACCGGUACCCAUAAGAAUUCAUUCUCGCGUCCGGCCAAGUGUCCUUGCGGCCGAGAUGAACCGGAUACGUGACCUGCCGAGGGCCUCGUCGGUCUCCUACACCGAAAAGUACCUAAACUCCAAGGACAACAUUUUCUUCGAUGACGAGACACGCGAAAUCCGCGCCAAGGCUGAUUCCCUCCUACGUCGCAUCCACGUCUUCGUGCCCAGACCAUCACCCAGCGACUUUGCCGAAGAGAUUAUACCUGAGCGUCUACGUAGCGAUGACUACAUCCGCCGUCUUCUCGGCGCCAGGAAGAACACCAAGAAGGACUUUGAGCCCGUCUCUUGGUACGCUGUUCCGGAGCAUCGUGAGCUGGGCAAGGGGAAUCUUGCCUGUGUAAGAUACGUAGGUGGCAGACCUCAGUCCCGCAGGAGGCCUUACUUCACGGUCGCUGAUCUACGUCCAGCGAAUAUUCAGAACGACGUCAACCUCUUGAGCUACUACAGCAAGAAUCGUCAGGCCGCCGCCAAUGCCUCACCAGCCCAACCCCUAACCGAUAGAGAAAUUAGAAAGGCACGUGCACUGGAAACUGAAUACAGUGAGCAGCCCAAGAAAGAAGCUGCUCCUCUUCCGGAAGCGGAACCCGUUCGCGAGCCAGAAUCCGUGCCAGAGGCUGCUGAGUCGGUCGAGCAGGAACCUGCCGCGGAGAAGAAGAAGGAAAAGAAGGAAAAGAAACACAAGGAUAAGGAGGUGAAGAAACCAGCCGUGGACGAGGAGGCUCUGAGGAAGGCUGAAGAGUUCCUUGCCAAGCAAGCGGAAGAGGCCAGGUUGGAGGAGGAGAGGAGAUUGGCGGCAGAGGAGGAGCGACUGAGACUGGAGAAGGAGGCGGAGGAGGCCAGGUUGGCCCUGGAGAAGGCGCAGGAAGAGGCCCGUCUGGCGGAAAUAGCUGAGCAGGAGAGGCUAGAGGCCGAGAGGAAAGCCGAAGAGGAGAGAUUGGAGGCCGAGCGAUUGGAGGCUGAGAGGAUAGCCGAGGAGGAGAGACUCGCAGCCGAAGCAGCCGAGGCGGCGGCAGCAGCGGCUGAAGAGGAACGUCUGGUAGCGGAAAAGGUGGCCGAGGAGGCGCGCAAGAAGCAGGAAGAGGAGGAGAGGCUGGCGGCCGAUGCGGCAGCAGCAGCCGCGACUGUGGAGGCCAAAGCUGCGGAGGAACCGGAAGAAGAGGUCGCUGCCCCGAUCGAGGAGACCAACCAGGAACGCGAGGAGAGGCCCGAGGAAACCGUAUACGAAGACGAGGCACAGGUGGAGGAGGAAGUCACUUUGGCAGAAGAUGAAUCACAGGAACCUGAAAACGAUCCAUUCAUCGAGGAACCCGUCGACGCCGAAGGUGGCGACAGUCAACCGGAAGUCACUGCUACGGUGGAGGACUCCCCUCAGGUCGAGGAGGUCACUUCCGCCGGCGAGGAACCCGUCGCCGAAGAAGAUGCGUAAUCUUCUUCCACGAGAGACUCGACCAUCACUUUCAUAAUGAUAAUGAUAAUAAUAACAAUAAUGUUCCUCUCUUCUCGCCCCUGUACGCGUUCUCAUGCACACUUACACUUACGGUAAAAAAAUUAUUUAAAAAAAAAAAGACAAAAAAACGACUAAAAGAUGAAAGCACACAUAGGCAUGCAUGCACGCACGCUCUUUAAAAGAUCCACACACACACACACACACACGCGCGCGCGCGCAUAUCGUCAUCAGACACCAUUAUCCUAGAUUUUGUUUAGUUUUAUAUAACCACGUGUCAUUUACGCGUAUUUAUUUAUUUAUUUCAGUCAUUGAUUUUGCCUCAGUUACCGUGAGCAUCGAUACCCACGGAAAUAUCGAGCCGAUUAAUUUUUCAUAAAUUAAUGCUAAAACGAGGACCGGGCCGUUUACCUGGCUGUAAAUUGUUUACGCUCUGGUCCUCCUGGUGCUAAAUUCGUACGUACAGCAGACUCGUCGCGAGGUCCAUUUUUAAGGAAGGAAGGAAACAACAGUGGAAACAUCCAGGCAAAGACCCUAGUGAAAGAUCAGGGGGAAAAGGGGAUAAAUUCCUAAUAAAAAAUGAAACGCGACGAAUGAAAAAGGAGAUAGGUGAUCUAGGCGACGAGAUGUAUCUGUACGCUUAUGUACGUAUGUAUGUAUAAUUGUAUACAUACUAUUUACUCUUGCAAGUAUUAUGUACUGUUAAAUUCAAAAAAAGGACAAUAAUAUCGUAUCUCUUAUUUUGUCCGCAAUGAAAGCGAAUAAGGUACCUAGAUAGUCGACGAUUAGGUGUAAGAGGGAGAGUCGUAUAUGUUUUGCGAAAUACGUUAGAUAACGUGAAAGAAAAAAGACGCGCGAAAAUAUCACUUUUUGAAUUUUUCGCUACACGAUUAUGGCUGCCUCGGCCAUUUUCAUUGCGGACACUUGCGUAACUAGCUUUUAAGUGAAACUCUUAUUAUAUUGUAAGGUACACGCUGUUGUGUCGUGUACGAGAGAAAAAAAGUCAGGAAAAAUUAAAUAUUUAUGGCAAUAUAUAAAUAUAUACAUACAUAUAAUUGUGGCAAAGAUGCACGUGUAAUGCGAAUCCCUAUAUCUGUUUUUUCUGACAUUACCGAUUGUCGCUCUACGUCACAGCUGUUACGUCAAAGAAACGUGACGUAACGCCCAAUGCCUCUUUUGUCUAUGUAAACCUGUAACAAUAUACGUGCCAAGGUGUUUGGACCCCAAGAAAA